UUCUUUUCUUAGUGACGGCUUUAUAAAUUAAUCUGUUAUAAUCCAAAAUGUAAAGGCAUUGUCUACUGUUAUGUACACAAUAACUUUCAAUAAACAAAGUUGACAGUUUUAUACAUUGCGUUGGUUAAUUCAACAAAAUAUUAAUUUUAUUAGCCACAGAUUUCAAUAUUCUUGAGACACUGUAUAACACUAUAUCUUUGUCAGUUUAAUUUGAUAAACUUAAUUAUGAAUUUCGGAAAUCUUUAAAAUUUUUACCUUUCUUUUUUUUCUGCAAUAGUCUUUUCUUCAGAUCACCAAAAUUCAGGUACGAAUUUUUAAAAGAAUUGAAUUACUUUUCUUCAGUUUACUACACUUUCUAGUUUCGAGGACAUCCUCGAUUCCACAUAAAGCGUUAAAAAUGCUUAUAACCAAGUAGCCACAUAUUCUUCAUUGUUAGUACAGAACGUUAACAUCAGACUUCCUAGCUCGUGCUGUAUCGUUACACUAAAGGUGCGUAUACACUACGGCGAACGAACGGCGAACACGAAUGUUCGGAUUCGUAUUCGAAUCCCGUCCACACUGCGCACGAACCUUCGACUUGGACCGAAGGCGAAUCGAACACUACCGAUAGUUCAGUUCGCAUUCGCUGUGGUGUACACAUCUGUCUAAUUCGCUGUUCGUUCGCCGUUUGUUCGCCGUAGUGUAUACGCACCUUUACAUGCUACUCAAAAAUAAUAUCACAUAAAUGACACAUUGAAGUUUUUGGCCGUUUCAAAGUAAGCACCUGAGAAAUUCGUUGAGGAUUUUUUCCUUCCUGCUCGAGAUAAGUUACUGCCCGUUCGAGGUAUUGCAAGUUUUCGACAUAUUUUUAUUCCAGAAUGUUGAAAUAUUUUUAUUGUUUUACUAUUUUGUAUUAUAUAUGUGAUAUACAUACCAUACCACCCUUGUUCUAUAUCUAUAGAGAGUGCUGCCUCUUCUAUAACGUACGUGAUAUAACAAUUAAUAAUUUGUAAGACAGAGAUGAUAAUUCAAUUGCAGAUAUUACUUUUAUAUGAUCAUUGGGACGAUGCGCAAAUGAUUUUUGAAGGUUGUUAUCAAAAUCUCAUCUCGAUGUAUUUAAUUGUAAAUCAGUUGAAUGAAUUUUGGAAUCAUGACAAGUUUCGACAGUUAUACAAAAUUAUCGAUGAACAUUGGAAUAUAUUUACGAACGAUAAGGAAAUACAAAUUUUGAAAGAGUACUCUACGUUGUCGCGAAUAUUCACGAAAUAUUAUUUCAUAUCACUGUAUAUCAUGCUGUUAAUAUUUACAACAAUACCGUUAACACCUCUGCUCUUAGAUAUCGUAAUGCCUCUAAACGAAUCACGUCCGCGAUUUUUCGCACUCGUAGCCGAAUACAGGGUAGAUAUAAAUGAAUAUUUUCUACCAAUCUUUUGUUACACUACCGCAGUAAUCGUAGUGGCUAUGAAUAUUACGCUAAGCGUUAAUACGUUAAUGCGUAUCGUAUGCAUCUCUCAUGCCUGCAGUCUAUUUGUUGCCGUCAGAUUUGUCGAUAUGUUAGACUCAUCACAGCAAGUAGUUUCGUUAGUCACAUUAUUAGUUGCUACAAUAGGUAUGAGUUUGCUUGGAAUGCGUAUACUCUAUGUAAAGGAUCAACUGAGCGAAUUAGUAAGAUCGAUGUCUAUAAUGACGGGUGCGUUAGUAACUAUAUUGAUUAUAUGUUACUCCGGUCAGAAACUAAUGGAUGAAAGUGAAAAUAUAUUUCACCGAACGCUCACGACGGAAUGGUACAAUUUCUCGCCUAGAUUAAAAUCGCUAUUAAUUAUAACGCUUUAUAGAAGUAGUGUACCCUGCGGAUUAAAAGUAGGUAAUAUGAUUCCAUUAUCCAUAACAACUUAUACGACGGUAAGUAAUAUACCGCGAAGUUACAAAUUUAUUUACAGCUUUAUAACAACUUUACGUGUGUGCGAAUAAAACAAUUGCUUGUAUUUAAUUGAAGGUAUUACGAACGGCCACGUCUUACUUUACGGCGUUUCUAGCAAUCAAAAAAGAUGACUAAAUAUUCUAUUAAUAUCUCAAUAAUGUAUGCGUUCGAUUCCAUCGUCGAUAAAUUGUAGUAUAAAAGCUUAUAAUGUUACUUGAUAACGGAAUUAUAGUUUCGUU